AUGAGUGUCAAACCAGGAGGAAAGAUAUUGUGUAUUGAUGUUGCACCAAUUACCUUAUCUUUUAUUUCGGAUAUUAUUUCUACUAGUGGAAAAGUUUAUUGUGUUAAUAGUUCUGAAUCUGACUAUCAAAUUGUUGCAAAAUUGCAAUCACAAAGAAAUAAUCUUAUUGCAAUUAGUGGAAGUGCAAAUAAUCCAUCUGAAUAUCAAUCAGAAAUUCCUGAAAAAGUGGACAUCAUAAUGACAAAUGGUACUCACAAAGCAAUGACAGAGAAUGCCAAAUUAUUCCUUAAAGAAGGUGGAGAUUUUUAUAUUGUACUACACAAACCUGAAGGAUACGUUCAACAAUCUGUAGAAUGGACCCAAGAAACAAUCACCGAUGUUAAAAAGUAUUUCAAACCAAGAGAAUUGCUAACACUUGAACCUUUCUCCAAUACUGAUGCUGUUUUUGUUGGAACAUCUUUUUGUAAUGUGGAAUAA